UUUACUAAUUUGAAUUAUGCACUGUGACUGAACUGGCUGCUAGUUUAGCUCUGCCCUUCUCAUUUCUUAUCACACAGCAUCAUUGACUUCCAUGGUAUUGUUUCUGAGAACCUGGAAGAAGCAAGGACAUGCUGACAUUUUUGCAUUGAUUAAAUCACAUUUGGGUGUGAUGGAGCCUGCAGCUUCGUGUUUAGCUGGAUUCUUCAUGGCCUUUCUUCUCUUACAGAUCACCGUACUCACCGAAGCUAUGAGCUUGGAUAUACAGAUUAACAUUCAGGUUCCAGAUGCAGAAGGGAUACUGGUGGAGUGUACUUCAGGAAGGUUGAUCCCACCUGUUGAGAUGACAUGGAGAGACAGCAAGGGGAAUAUAAUUCCACAUUCAUCAAAACUUGACUCUCAGGAUGGGUUAUUGUACUUGAAGAGCAGCAUUCUUCUGAAGAACAGAACACAUGGUCCUGUUACUUGUUCCAUUUACAAUGUAACUACUAAUCAAGAGAAAAAAAGAAGCAUUGUCCUACCAGAUGUCCUCUUCAAACCAGAGUAUAUGUCAUUGAUGUCAAACAGACCUUCAUGUCCUGUAAUAUAUUUGAUUAUUAUACUUGUUUUAUAUUGUCUCAGAGGAAUACUUGUUUUUUAUCUCAAAUGGAAAACAUGUGAAUUCAUGAGAGGUUCAAAUAAAACGAGGCUUUGCUAUGAGCUUAUGUGGGAAUGUCUACCAUUAUUUUUGUGUAUUGGAUUCCUCCCCCUCUAUUUGAAUUUCAGGAGCAGAGCUUCUAUUUUGGACAAUGCAUACCCACUGUACAGUAAUUGGCUGUGGGAUGUAUGCAUAAUCUUGGUUGUAAUGAUGUUAUUUUUCACUGGACUCAUUUUGCUUCUACUUGUGACUCUAAACAUAGCCAAAGAACAGAAAGCACAGUGCCAGCCAUUGGAGGAUGAAAUUCUACCCUUAUACCAGCUUUCACAGGAGUACAUAGAACAAAGGUCACCAUCUCCGUUCCUCAGAGAUUGCAGAGAGGAAAUGGUCCAGCUCCAAGGAAGUAUUGUAGAAGAGAUCUUCCAUCAGCCCCAAGGAAGUUGUGGAGAGGAGAUCUUCAAUCCUCUUCAGCCCUUAAAAUUGGAUUGCAGUCUCAACUGGGGAACCUGAGACAGUAAAGAAAGAGAGAAAAGGAUUCUGAUUUGAACUAUAAAAUUUAUAUCUGCAAAAUAUACAAUUGAAAGGUUCUUUGAUCAAAUUUUGUUCUGUCUAAAAAGUGUAGAUUUUUUAAAAAAAAAUUUAAAUUAAAAUACGAAUUCAUUGCUU